GAAUUACCUGCAACCGAAGGACAGCUCAACGUUUGACCUUGUCAAGUUGAACGUGAAGAACUGAAUCCAAGAUGGCGGACUGGGAGACAUUUUCCGAGCUUCAGGGAGGCAACAAAGUGCAGGAACUGGGAAGCAGGAUCGAGGACAAGCAGCCAGCAGCCGAAGACGACACAACGGAGGGAGGAAAAGACAUAGAAGAGGAGGAAAUAGAGGAGGAAAUUGAGGUGGAGGAAGAAGAGGAGUUUCCGGGGGAGCAGAGGGCUGAGGAGAUAUCGGUGGAGGCAGGGGAAGGGGAGGAGGAGGUGGUCCUGAUGCUGGAUGACACCUAUGAGGAUGACUUCGAGGAAGAUGAUGAUGAUGAUGAUGAUGAUGACAAUGGCGAAGAUGAGCAACCAGAGGCAGACCAAAAAUCAAAACCUUUGUUUGGAGAGGGGGACCAAGAAUCAAGCAGAGCGGAAACAAGGAAGAGGAAAUACAAUCAUUAUGGCGAUGAUGAUGAUGAUGACAGUGGUGACGACAAAGAGGAUCAUGUCGAUGACAACAAAUCAGACACGAGGAAAGAUGAGACGCUGCCGAGAGUGGAGGAUGUGCGGAACUUUGUGGAGACGUUGGUGGGCAAUGCGGUGAAGAACCUGGAGGCAGAGGUGGCGGCGAGACACAGGCAGAUACAGGAGAGUGGGGAGGGGCAGGAGCUGAUGGCGGCUGGGGAGGAGGAGUCACAGGAAGAGAAGGGGGAAGAAGAGCAGGACUGGGUGGAGGAGGUGAACAUGGAGGAGUCAUCUAGUGAAGAAGAAUCGUUCCCUGAGCUCUCCGUGGAACAGCCGCUGGACGGCCCGCGGCGCGAUGCCCUGUUUGAGAAAGGCUUGCAGUACCAGAACCGCGGGCGGCUGGAGUACGCCCUGAAGUGCUACCUCGGCUGUCUGAAGGACCUGGACCAGACAGAAGGAUUCAGCAAGCUGCCUCACUGUUUACAUCAGAUAGCUGACACCUUCUACAGGAAGGAAGAAUACGACAAGGCAGUGCAGUUUAUCCAGGCAGAGAAGAUGUACUAUGAGAAUGCCCUCAUCGACACCAGCGAGCUGCAGAAAGCUCUCAGUAAACCAAUGACAAGAGGACAGGGUGACAUCGGCCCGCCUGAUCCUAGAGUGCUCAGGGCUAUGGAGUUUGAGAACUUGGCCAGGAUGUGUGUCGAGCGGAAGAAGCCUCAGUUGGCACUGGAGUACUGUGGCAAGGCGGUGAAGGCGUACCAGGCCUCCCUGGGAGACGACCACCCUGCGACCACCCAGUGUCUGGACUAUUUCACCGUCAUCUACGCUGAAGCUGGCAGGAAAGAAUAUUCAGAUGCCAUGGGUCAGUUCCAGAGUGGGCAGGAGGAGACCACGGGGCAGCUGGAUGGCAGUUCCACCCUGCAGGAAGGCUCUGCAGACUUGCAGCAGACAGAGGGGGCAACUGCUGGAGAGGCAUCGGGGGUUAGGAGACGGGUACCAGCACAAGGCACUGAUAAGAAGGAGGAAGAGACUGGACAGGUCCAUUCUGAGCCAUUUAGGCCCCAGGUACAGUGGAUGCAGGAGGAACAGGAAGAUGACAGUCCCUUCUUGGUAGUGAUGGUCCUGUUCAUGUUCCUGGUCCUGUUGGUAAUUUUGACGUACAUGUACUGCAAGGCGGGCAGGACGUCCUCCUCCUUCUGCAAGUCAAUCGUGUCGGAGGUCUACUACUACGGCAUGAGGCUGAAGUACCAGCUACAAGACUACCUGCCUGAGUGGUUGUGAUGAGCUGAGUUGCAGGUCAUACCCAUGGUUUAGGCCACACUGACUUCAUUUUUUAAUGGAUGACAUCCUCUGAAGACACCCAAACUUGUGUGAAUUUGCAGUAGUACAUAGUGACUUUUAUGACAAGCCGGCACAUGCUGGUCUUUUGUGACAUUUAUGAGUCAGCACUGUACUGAUUUCUGGAGUUCCAUGGAGCUUCACACCACCGGCUACCUAUUCUUGCUGGCUACUACCGAGGAUGGCACCCAGGCCAGAGCCUCGGAGGAGGCGAUUUUUUUUUUGUUGACAACAGGUGAAAAUCAUUGUAUGCAGGGAUGUUGUCCAUAAAAUUAAAUGGGUGUGGCCUUAUCUAGCAUGCCGGCAGAACGUACUGGGCCUGUGCAAAACCUGUCUCGUAUUUUGCAAAGUACUUCAGGAGAACGUCUUCUUUAAGGUUGUAUUCGCGUAUCUAAUAACGACAUCCAGUCUAUAGUUUUCAAAUGUUGUGUUGGGAAAAACAUCGUCAGCA